AUGGCUAAAUCUAAGAACCACACCAACCACAACCAGAACAAAAAGGCCCACAAGAACGGUAUCAAGAAGCCAAGAACCAACAAGUACCCAUCCUUGAAGGGAGUUGACGCCAAGUUCCGUCGUAACCACAGAUACGCUUUGCACGGAACUGCCAGAGCAUUGGCCAAGGCUCGUGCCGAGAAGUCUGCUUAG